AUGCCGUCUCAAUUUAAAACCCUGAUUGGAAGCAUGAGGAGAAAGCCGGCAAUGGCUCCUGAUGGAAAGCGAGAUGAAGAAGUAACUCCAGUAAUGGAGAAAACAACACUUGGUCACGAUCUUACCCAGCUUAGUUUCAAGGAUGUAAAAUUUGUAGCGACUGCGAUUACCACCUUAGUUUCAGGUGAUCCUCUGGACGAUAAAGAGCUUCUAUUAGAACAUGGAGUCGAGUUGCUUCAAUCUUUGCCCCUUAACAGUGGUUUGCAAGACAAAAUCUCCAGCGACUUCAUUGCCAUGCUCUAUCAGGAUCUUCCUCAUCCUCCUCCCACAACAAGCGGCCCAUCCGCCAGAUAUCGAAAACACGACGGAAGUGGGAACAAUCCUUGGAUUCCUGAGAUGGGAAGAGCUGGAGCACCAUAUUCUCGCAGUGUUCCUCCAAUCAAAACAAAAGGUCCAAAUCUCCCUGACCCCGAACUCGUCUAUGACCAACUUCUCAAACGCAGAGGACCAUUUCGCGAACAUCCUUCUGGGUUGAACCGGUUGUUCUUCUCUUUCGCUACUGUUGUCAUCCACGAGAUUUUCCAAACUUCUCGCACCAAUCCUUGGAUCAACGAGACUUCUGGGUAUGUCGAUUUGAGUACACUUUACGGCAAUACCGAGAAAGAACAGAAACGGGUCCGCACUUAUGAGAAUGGAAAACUUUUCCCCGACUCAAUUGCUUCUGAGAGAAUCAUGAUGAUGCCUCCAGGUGUUGUCAUUGUUGUACUUCUGUUCUGCCGAAAUCAUAACCACAUUGCUGAAAAUAUAUUAUCGGUGAAUGAGGAGGGUAAAUACAAGAAUUGGGAUGAGCUUGAUGACAGGCAAAAGAUUGCACAAGAUGAAGAUAUCUUCCAAGUUACUCGAAAUAUCAAUGUUGGCUACUUCGCGUCGGUGGUAUUGAAGGACUAUGUUGCAUCAAUUCUCAACACCCCACGAGCUAAUUCGUCUUGGUCUCUUGAUCUUGGCAAGGAGAUCAAGCAAUCAGGAAAACGUGUUGAAAGAGGGACUGGAAAUGUUGUUUCCGUCGAGUUCGCUGUUCUUUAUCAUUGGCACGCCGCCUUGUCUGCUGCUGAUGACAGAUGGAUGGAGAACAUCGUUCGAGCUGUCAUUCCAGAUUUGAUAUCGAUUGAUGACCUAACAGCCGAGCAAUUCCAGACGGUCACUAGGACCACUGGUCAUAACCUGAUGAAGAGUGAGGCAAGAGCAUGGACUUUUGGAGGUCUCAAAAGACAAGAGGACGGCAGAUUCAAUGACACUGACCUUGCCAACAUCAUCAAAGACUGUAUUGAGGAGCCGGCUCAUGCAUUUGGAGCCCACAGUAACCCAGCUAGUUUGAAGGUUGUGGAUCUGAUGGGUCAAAUUCAGGCUAGAGACAUUUUCAAUGUCUGCACGCUAAAUGAGCAAGUGCCAUUUUACUCAACACGCUUACUUGCUAACGGUGAAUGGAAUGACGACAAGAAUACUGCUAGAGCUGCUGAACUGCUUUACGGUCAUAUCGAAAAUCUUGAACUAUACCCGGGGCUGAUGGCUGAAAACACCAAGCCUGCUAUGCCAGGAAGUGGGGUGUGUCCCGGACAGACUACUGGACGUGGUAUUCUGGACGAUGCCGUAGCUCUCGUUCGUGGAGAUCGCUUCCUCAGUUACGACUUCAACAGCACCACUUUGAGCAACUUCGGAUUUGCCAAACUUCAAAAUAUCCCAUCUGGAUCAUACGGUGGAAUCCUCCCACACUUGCUCUUCAACGGUCUCCCAGGAGCAUGGACCGGCACAUCGGCCUAUGCCCUGCUCCCAUUUUAUACCCCCAAAGCCCAAUAUGACAUCCUCAAAGGCAACAAAGUUAUUGGGCAAUACGACCUCGAAAGACCAGCCAACGGCAUGGAAGUGAUUGGUAUCCACACCCAUGAGGGUUGCAAAAAGGUCUUCGAAGACCGCGAAAACUUCCGCGUCAUGUAUCAAAAGGCGAUUCGUGAAUGCACUGAUGGGCACGAUUUCAUGAUCGGCUUCGACGACGCCAAACGCCAUGACGCGCGCUCAAGCAUCCUCUACAAAGCCUUUUUCGAAGAAGGAUUUGAGGCGAAAGUCUCCCAGUUCUUUAAGACCAACGUAUCGAAACUCAUCAAGUCUAGCUCAUUAAAGUAUUCCAACAGCACCCGUCGCUCCGUUGAUAUCGUGCGCGAUGUCACGAACGUUGCGCCCAUUCUCUGGCUCGCAGAGCGUUUUGCCAUCCCACUCAAAACGCACGAGAAGCCUCACGGAGUAAUCUCUAUUCCUGAAGCUUUUGCCGCUUUUCUCGUUCUGUUCAUGUAUCAAAGCUUCAACAUCAUACCAGCCAAUGAAUGGAAGCUCCGAGAAGGCGCUAUGAAAGCCGGUCCCAUCCUACGCAAAAUCUUCGAUACGCACCUCAGAACUCAACAGGGCUUUAGGGAGAAGGCUGUAGAUUGGCUUGCAAAAGGUUCUGCUUUCGAAGUAGGCCCCGAAGCGGAUCGUCUCUACCACGCUCUCAACGACUCGAAGCUCCCCAUUGGAGACUUGGUCGGAGAUUGUAUCGGUAUGGGUGCGCCCGUCGCUGGAAAUCUCACUCAACAAGCCUCUCUCCUGAUCGACCUAUAUCUGAGCGAGGGAUACGAAGAGUACAAAGCGCGUAUCGUAGAGCUGUCACACAUGACCGACGCUGCUUCAGAGCGCGAACUCCAGGGUUUCGUCUUUGAAGGUAUGCGUCACGCAGGCGUCGUUCCGGGUCUUCCUCGCGUUACCUCGAAGGAUAUAACUAUCAUCGAUGGUGCGCGCGGUCCAAUUCAUAUUCAAUCUGGCCACACCAUUCUCAUUGCUACCUCCAAGGCAAACAUGGAUCCGCUCGCUUUCUCAAACCCCGAGAAGCUGAACCCACAUCGUCCAUUUGAUGACUAUACUCUCUUAGGCCAUGGACUCCAUUUCUGCUUCGGAACAAGAUUGGUGGGAUGUAGUCUUGCAGCGACGUUGAGGGAGGUGUUCAAGUUGAAGAACGUACGGAGAGCGCCCGGCAGACAGGGCCAUUUCACGGUGACGGAGCAUGAAUUUGCGGGCGUGAAGAUGAGGCAUUAUUUGGAUGCUAGUGCAAAGGAGAGUCCGAUUCCGACGACGUUAACGUUGGAGUAUGAUGAGGAGUAA